AUGCAUUUCCGCUCAAACAGUAUCAUCCAACCUUCAACCUCUGGACUCCCCUCUCCUGUUACAACCUCAGGAUUAAUAAAGUCAAUUUUGCAUUCUCGCCACCACCGUCACAGCCAUCAUGUAGGCACCUUAUAUCCCAGCCAAGGGCAAACAGUUUUGCCGACCUCACCAGCCAUCGAAGAGGCUGAGGGCUUUUUGGACAUGACUGCCAAUAUUACAAUUGGUGACAGCUGCGGCGAAUGUAAUGGUAGCCAUGGCAAGAUAGGCGGUAGUAAUGUGGGCGGAAUUUCAUGUAUGGUACCAGAGGAUGCGCUCCCAUCUGCUGGUUACCGCUCUCCCCCAUCGCGGUCCCGCUCGCCCCCUCCUCUCAAGCCGUUGCAUAUGGGCUACUCCCAGACCAGUGGCAUACCAUCUGAUUGGAUCGGUAGCAAUCAGGACUACUAUCAUCAGGAGUAUCAGGCGAAGGAACCAGCCCGACGUCAGAGGGCGACAGGGCCCACAUUUUCGGAGCGUCUGGCGUCAGCGGCCCGCAGCUAUGGCGCCCUAACGAGUGGCCGCGCUUUACGAACUCGAGGCAGAUCUCCUGAGCCAAUUAACACUGUUGUAGACAGUAAGUUGCACAUCUUUCAUAAUGAAGGGUUAAACCCACAAUGA